AUGCCACCAGGGCCCUGCUUCGACUUCCAACGCGGCCGUUGCCGUCGCGGCACCUACUGUCGAUUCAGCCAUGACACAUCAACGAGCACCGCAAGCUCAACAAGCACCACAAAUCAACAGCUUCGGAAGGAGACUGAAACCGAAGCAGCCUGCCGAAAAUGGACAUACAUGAUUCCCAGACCCAACCCGAUUUCCUCACGUUUCGAAGCUGUUGUAGACACACAAAAGUUCUUCCAAAUGGGCUGGAAUCUCAUUAAGAGCGAGGAUGCGGGAACACGCCAGUACGUCAUUACAAAACUCGGUGCAGAGACGGGACUUGCAAUCAUCAAGACCCUAACGGACAUUAUAGAUGCCAACCAAAAGGAUGAAACCACCGUCUCGAUAUUUAGAGAUAGGACUCUUCCUUUCUACAAGAUCAUCUCUCACCCCGAUGUACUAUCCUCCCUAAUUCUGGAAACUCCUAUUGAUACCAUCUACACCUUUCUCUUCAGUCCCAGCGGUCGACGUGGUCUUCAAGUCGAUGAGGAAGUCUCUACCAUUGCCAUAUCAUCAAGUCUCGCAGUUCUCGACAGGCUGAUCGAGAUCAACCAGAGUGCCCAAGUCAUCGAAGGCUUUACCGCUAUUGUAGAGACAAUCUCUACCUGCAUUCUAGAGAAUUUCAUGGUACCGAAUGCACAACAGAGCCUCACUCGAAUCAGACGUCGUCUCAACAUCGGCUCUUCGUUGCCUCUCGCACCAACCCAAUCAACUCCGCAAAAUCUCCUAUCUGCAGCUUUCGAGUUGGCUCAAGACUUGCCCGGAAAUCUUUCCAGCAAGGGCGCUCGACACGAUAACGACCAUGCGAGUCUCGCCGGACUCCUGGACAGACAAUUUCGGCUCCUCCGCGAAGAUACAGUGGGACAACUACGAGACGCAGUGCGCGAAGAGGUUACAAGGCUAGAACAUCCCGAUCGUAAGGUACCGACAAUACACCAAGGUCAGCAAGGCGUUCGGAAGCUCAUCUAUCACAACGUCCGCUUCUCCCGCAUGAGUGUAGAUCGCAGAAAAGGUCUGCAAGUCGUAGCAGAAUUUGACCAACCUCCCCAAAUCAACAACAAAUCCACCAAGCAGCGAGAAGAAUGGUGGAAAGGAAGCAAGCUUCUGCAAGUCGAUUCGCUAGUCUGCUUCGUCUCUUCAAAUGGCAAAAUCAUUUUCCUCUGCGUCUGCGAUCCAAUAUUGCCAUCCCGCGCAAGAAAGGACUCCAGUGCAGACGACAAGACAAAAUCAGAUGAUAUUCCCAGCCUUUUCAGAGAAGCGAAGCGUGCGUCUGUGCUACUGAGCCUGGCUGAAUAUAAAACGGAAGAUGCAGUUUGGAUCAGCACUCAUACUACAGCUUCCAAAACUCGACAAUCACUUGUUGAGUUUCCUGGGGUGCUUCUACCUUCGUUUCAGCCCACUCUGCAAGCGUUGCAGGAAAUGAGCCGGAAACUGAGCCUUCCAUUCACGGAGAUCGUGGCACCAGACUCGCAAGCUUCUGCUGCCGUCGUAAAACCUCCAGCAUACGCGACCAAAAGAGGAUUCAGUUUCAACCUUGACGUUCUCGCCGGCGUACCACUGACUCUAAAGCCCGGACAAGCAUUCGACUUCACCAAGCUGGACGGAGGAUCAACGCUCGACGAAGCACAACAGUUCGCCGUCAUCCAAGCUCUCAGUACAGGGCUAGCUCUCGUCCAAGGCCCGCCAGGUACAGGAAAGAGUUAUACCGGUGUGGCAAUCAUCAAGGCUUUACUCCACAACCGAAAGGCAGCCGACCUAGGUCCCAUCAUCUGUGUAUGCUACACGAAUCAUGCUCUCGACCAGUUGUUGGAGCAUUUAGUGAAGGAUGGCGUGAGGCAAGUCAUCCGUGUAGGCUCACGAUCCAAAUCCGAUUUGCUUCAAAAUCUCACUCUCCAUCAUGUACGGGAAGGAGCUAAACCCACGAGGACAGAAAAACAUGAUACGUGGGAACACAAUCGGGAUAUUGGGGAAACGCUGCGAGAAAUUGAAGAUAUAUUGUCUGGGUUGAAUAAUCCAAAUUCUUGGACAAACAUCCAAGCCCAUCUUAUGAGGACCCAUAAUCCGCACUUCAAGGAAUUGUUUGGGAAGGGGGUAGAUGAGGAGGGGUUUCAGGAAGUGAAGGGAAGGAAGUUUAGGGUUGUAGAGAGUUGGCUUAGAGGAGCGCCGAAGAAACUCGCUUCGAAUCGUCCUGUUGCUCAGCUCUCGGCCAUUUCUCUGAGAGAGAUGUCGACGUCGGAGCGUGGUGUUCUCCACAAGCAUUGGAUUGAGCAAAGGAGUGCGCAACUCACCAAUGAUCUCACCCAUGCACUGGAUUCCUACCAUGGUUCCAAAUCCGCGCUGGAUAGAUGUCACAGGGAACUAGAUCUUCGAUGUCUUCGAGAAGCCCACGUUAUCGGCGUGACGACGUCUGGGCUGGCAAGGAACAUCGAGUUGCUCCAGCGCGUGCGAGCAAAAGUAAUGCUUUGCGAAGAAGCUGGAGAAGUUCUCGAGGCACAUACCCUCACUGCAUUCCUACCCGGGGUUGAACAUGCAAUCUUGAUCGGCGAUCACGAACAGCUCCGGCCCCAGAUCAACAAUUACGAGCUUCAACAUGACAAUCCCCGAGGCAAGAGAUAUUCCCUCGACAUCUCGCUAUUUGAGCGUCUCGUCAGGCCACAGAUGGGGAAUCUCCAGGUACCAUUAAGUACAUUGAAGACUCAGCGACGAAUGCACCCUUCCAUCUCAGAGCUAGUCAGAGUCCCGCUCUAUCCGGACUUGCAAGAUCAUCCCUCAGUGUUAGAAUAUCCGGAAGUCGAUGGGAUGCGAGAUCGUCUGUACUGGCUUGACCAUCAAGAGAAAGAAGACCCGCGACCUGCCAAUGCUGUCUCCUUAUCCAGAACCAAUACUUUCGAAGUGGAUAUGAUCGCUGCUCUUGUCUCACAUCUUGUAAGGCAAGGAACGUAUGGGAGUGAGGAUAUUGCAGUUAUUACUCCAUAUCUGGGACAAUUGCAGAAAAUCAAGAAGCGACUAGCGAAUUCCUUCGAGAUCGUUGUUGGGGAUCGAGAUCAAGGAGAGUUGGAAGCUCUCUUCGCCUUGGAAGUUGUCCACGGUAGCAAUCCUUAA